AUGACUCACGAGUCCGUUUGGUACAGCCGGCCCCGCAAGUUCGGCAAGGGUUCCCGUUCUUGCCGUGUCUGCUCCCACCGCGCCGGUCUGAUCCGCAAGUACGGGAUGAACAUCUGCCGUCAGUGCUUCCGUGAGAAGUCCUCUGACAUCGGUUUCCACAAGUACCGUUAA